UUUACCCAUUUUUCUCUUCGAAAUAUAUGUAAAAGUUUCAUUUAACUUUCGUGCCGUGAAACAUGGAGUAAAACAUUUACUUUCUAAACAGAUAAAAUAUAUAUUUUAGCCUAUAAUCAGCGCAUAAUAAAUAUGAAUCGAUAGACACCUCAUUUAUCAAAAUCGGUUUAUUAGAAGCGACGCUAGAGUAAUCAUAAAAUGAUGGACACAUACCUAUCUCAGUGGCGUAGUUUUGCGUGCGCCCUACACUUACCGCUCUGAGGUCUCGGGGUCGAAUCCGGGUCGGUCAAAGUUGUCAUGGAUUUUUCUACUACCAUAAAACCCCUGAGUUUAGAAUUUGUAUAUUAAAAGGCUCCCCCCCUAUCAUCAUGGGACGCAAUAAACAAAAAGUCCGUGUGCAAGUUGACCCCUACUUCUUCGGGGAUAAGAGUGUGUCGUAUAUAAAAUUAUGUUGUCAAAAUCAUGGUGGUCGAGCAAAAAUGAACCAUAAAUACAACAAUUACACGCACACAGAGCAGCGAUGUGUGCGUGAUCUCACCGACGCGACGGGUUCACGGACACACCGCCGGCGUCGAGCGGCGUUCAGACCGGUUUGAACCGCCUCAGUUGCGGUAUGAAUAACAGGGCUAGUACGCCGCGCGCAUUCGACACUGACGCAUUGUAGUUUUAGUGCUAUUUAAACAUGCUUUAAUCAAAUAAGACACUUAUGUAUUGAUAAAUAAGAAUUAAAGUUGAUAAACAAUAACCAAGAUUUAAGUGAGACAUUUGAAUAUUCGAAAAUGCCGAACACUUGUACUGUGUGUAUGAACAAUUCCGGGAAGAAUAGGGAUAUUUCUUUUUUUUCGUACCCGAAGGAUCAAGCGAAAAGACACGAAUGGCUCCAAGUAGUUGGGCGACAAGAUUUAAUUGGCAAAUUGGAUAAGGUUAAAGCCAGAAGAAAUUACAGAAUAUGCGAGCGUCACUUUGAGCCGAGUUGUGUAAAAUUUUCCAAAAAUAAAACCGUGAAAUAUCUAAGUGAUGAUGCAUAUCCUACACUUAAUAUGAUGAUAACACCACCCACUGAUGAUUGCGCAAGUACAGUUAAAUAUGAAGCAUCUGAAAUGAAUCAGCAUGAUGUUUCUAUGGUUGUUGAUGACGAGAUAUCUUUUUCUCAAAAUUCAUCAUACUAUGAUAACAGCGCAAGUACAAUUAAUUGUGAACCUGCAAGUUAUCAGAAUUAUUAUGAUGAUGUUCCUUUGGAUAUUGAGGAUAGGGCAUCUAUUUCCGCAAAUAUGGCACCCGUCGAAGAAGCUGCAAGUACAAAUCCAAUAAAAAUAAAAUGUGAAGGAUUACCUGCGAAUGAUGUUUCUUCAGAUGUUGAUGAUAAAACAUCCCUUUUCGUGAAUUCUCCAUCGAUAGGAGACGAUGGAGAUACAAGUAAAAUAAAAAUAGAAUAUGAAGAAGUACCUGUAACUAUUGAGAAUUAUGAACAAAUUUCUCUAAAUGUCGAUAAUAAAACAAGUACAUCGCAAAAUGAAGCAAUUGAUUUGGACAGAGUGACGAAAGAAGAUUUUUUGAAAUUAUGUGAUAAAUUUUUGAGCAAAAGCAUGAGCGAGCUUAUAAAAUCGCAAAUUAACGUGAAAAUUGAACCUGCUGACGGGUACAGUCUAGCUUUAAAGCCCAUUGUACACGGUUAGAGUAAAUGAUAUAGUAGUGGAUUAGAAUACUGACUAUACCGAUGUAAACAGUUUAUUAGAGUACAGUGCUAAACUGACUACUAAACCUGGUAGAGCUCUUGGAACUGGUAGAAUAGUAUGCUAGUUGACUCUACUGUUUACUGUAUCCGUGUUCACCGGGCUUUAAGAACUUUAUACAUAUACUUUUCUGAACGGCGGGACUGUUCGUAAGAUUCCGGCUAGGUAACAUCGCUGUAGCCAAGUAAUUUUUGGGCAUUUUGAGACUUAAAAUCGAAUGUCUUUAAAGUUAUUUAUGAAUCAACAGAAUUACUUAUCGAAUGGAUCCGGAACCGUAAUGUGUGAUAAUUAUUAAAUAACUUAUUUUAGUGUGUGUCAAAUUAAUUCGAUUUUAUAUAAAAUAAAUAUACACAUUUUGCUAUGUUUAUAUUUUUACCUAAUUUAUUUGAGAUAUACUUUUAUUAUGUAUCAAUCGUCAACCCUCACAGUAUAGGUAACUUAGAACAUCGCGUUAUUAGGUAGUUUGGGCUCUGUAUGGAUUUUUUCUUAUGGACAUUGAAUAGGUAUACCCAGGCCUUUUUGUCACUUCUUUUUUGAAGGCACGCCAGUUAUCAAAACUUGCAAGUCCAUAAUUUUUGUGACAUCCUUUCCCCCCUUCUCCUUUCUGUACAUUUUAAUGGCAAUUUAGUCGAUUUUUCA